CGCCGCCGAUUGACGGAACCCCAAUGCAUCUCCGCCUCCUCCCCGCGCUCCUCCUCCUCCUGCUCGCAUCCCACCUCGGCGCGGCCGAUGGCGACGCGGACGCGCUGCUCGCGGCAAAGGCGGCGCUUUCCGACCCCACCGGCGGCCUCGCGUCCUGGACGCCGCCGCCGCCGCCAAACGCGACGAGCACCGCCCACUGCGCGUGGGCCGGCGUGACGUGCGGCACCCGGGGCACCGUCGUCGGCCUCGACGUCUCCGGCCUCAACCUCUCCGGCGCGCUCCCGCCGGCGCUCUCCCGCCUCAGCGGCCUCCUCCGCCUCGACGCCGCCGCCAACGCCCUGUCCGGCCCCGUCCCGGCGUCCCUCGGCCACCUCCGCUUCCUCACCCACCUCAACCUCUCCAACAACGCCUUCAACGGCUCCCUCCCGCCCGCCCUCGCGCGCCUCCGCGGCCUCCGCGUGCUCGACCUCUACAACAACAACCUCACCAGCCCGCUCCCCGCCGAGGUCACUCGCAUGCCGCUGCUCCGCCACCUCCACCUCGGCGGCAACUUCUUCUCCGGCGAGAUCCCCCCGGACUACGGCCGCUGGAGCCGCUUGCAGUACCUCGCCGUCUCCGGCAACGAGCUCUCCGGCAAGAUUCCGCCGCAGCUCGGCAACCUCACCAGCCUCCGCGAGCUCUACAUCGGCUACUACAACAGCUACUCCGGCGGCCUCCCGCCCGAGCUGGGCAACCUCACCGACCUCGUCCGCCUCGACGCCGCCAACUGCGGCCUCUCCGGGCCGAUUCCUCCCCAGCUCGGCAGGCUGCAGAAGCUCGACACGCUCUUCCUCCAGGUGAACGGCCUCGCCGGGCCCAUCCCGUCCGAGCUGGGCAACCUUAAGACCCUCAGCUCCCUCGACCUGUCCAACAACGCGCUCAGCGGCGAGAUACCGGCCACCUUCGCCGACCUCAAGAACAUGACGCUGCUCAACCUGUUCCGGAACAGGCUGCGCGGCGACAUCCCGGACUUCGUCGGCGACCUGCCCAGCCUCGAGGUGCUGCAGCUGUGGGAGAACAACUUCACCGGCGGCGUGCCGCGCCGCCUCGGCCGCAACGGCCGGCUCCAGCUCGUCGACCUCUCCUCCAACCGGCUCACCAGCACGCUGCCGCCGGAGCUCUGCGCCGGCGGCAAGCUGCACACGCUCAUCGCCCUCGGCAACUCCUUGUUCGGCGCCAUCCCGGACUCGCUCGGCCAGUGCAAGUCCCUGAGCCGUAUCCGUCUCGGGGAGAACUUCCUCAACGGCUCCAUUCCCAAGGGGCUCUUCGAGCUGCAGAAGCUCACGCAGGUCGAGCUGCAGGAUAACCUGCUCACCGGCGAGUUCCCUGCCGUGGUUGGCGUCGCCGCGCCUAAUCUGGGGGAGAUCAACCUGUCCAACAAUCAGCUCACCGGGCCAUUGCCGGCAUCCAUUGGGAACUUCUCUGGUGUUCAGAAGCUGCUUCUCGACCGCAACUUGUUCUCCGGUGUGAUGCCUGCUGAGAUCGGCCGGCUGCAGCAGCUCUCCAAGGCUGACCUUAGCAGCAAUGCCAUCGAGGGAGGUGUGCCGCCGGAGAUUGGGAAAUGCCGGCUGCUCACUUACCUGGACAUGAGCCGGAACAAUCUCUCAGGGAAGAUACCCCCGGCCAUCUCUGGAAUGCGGAUACUGAACUACCUCAACUUGUCCAGAAACCAUCUUGAUGGGGAGAUACCUCCGUCCAUCGCCACAAUGCAGAGCCUGACGGCGGUCGACUUCUCAUACAACAACUUGUCCGGGCUUGUUCCAGCGACCGGCCAGUUCAGCUACUUCAAUGCCACAUCUUUCGUUGGCAAUCCAAGCCUGUGUGGACCGUACCUUGGUCCAUGCCGCCCUGGCAUUGCUGAUACUGGUCACACCACCCAUGGCCAUGGAGGGCUGUCUAAUGGUAUCAAGCUGCUCAUUGUGCUAGCCUUGCUUGCUUUCUCCAUUGUAUUUGCUACCCUGGCAAUCCUGAAGGCGCGGUCGUUGAAGAAAGCCAGUGAUGCUCGUCUGUGGAAACUCACUGCAUUCCAGCGCCUUGAUUUCACCUGCGACGAUGUGCUUGAUUCCCUGAAGGAGGAGAACAUUAUUGGCAAAGGCGGGGCAGGAACUGUGUACAAGGGAUCAAUGCCCAAUGGUGACCAUGUGGCCGUGAAGAGGCUCCCGGCAAUGGUUCGUGGCUCGUCACAUGAUCAUGGGUUCUCGGCGGAGAUACAGACACUUGGGAGGAUUCGUCAUCGCCAUAUCGUGCGCCUGCUAGGCUUCUGCUCAAACAAUGAGACUAACCUGCUGGUGUAUGAGUAUAUGCCGAAUGGCAGUCUUGGGGAGCUUCUCCAUGGCAAGAAGGGCGAGCACCUGCUUUGGGAUACUCGGUACAAGAUUGCUGUUGAGGCUGCCAAGGGGCUGUGCUACCUGCACCAUGAUUGUUCACCGCUGAUUCUUCAUCGUGAUGUCAAAUCAAACAAUAUUCUCCUGGAUUCUGACUUUGAAGCUCAUGUGGCCGACUUUGGGCUGGCGAAAUUCCUGCAGGAUACCGGUGCAUCUGAAUGCAUGUCUGCCAUUGCUGGUUCAUAUGGCUACAUCGCUCCAGAAUACGCAUACACCCUCAAGGUCGACGAGAAGAGUGACGUCUACAGCUUUGGUGUCGUCCUUCUGGAGCUCGUCACCGGGCGGAAACCCGUGGGGGAAUUUGGCGACGGCGUGGACAUCGUCCAGUGGGUGAAGAUGAUGACGGACUCGAACAAGGAGCAGGUGAUGAAGAUCCUGGACCCGAGGCUGUCGACGGUGCCGCUGCACCAAGUCAUCCAUGUCUUCUACGUUGCCCUGCUGUGCAUCGAGGAGCAGAGCGUGCAGCGCCCGACGAUGCGUGAGGUGGUGCAGAUCCUCAGCGAGCUCCCCAAGCCAGCUGGCAACCCUGGAGAGGAGGAGCUUCCGCAUUCUGAUGAAGGUUCUGCGUCCGACCCUCCAACCAGCUCCAGUGAAGCACCAACCGGCGACGUCAAAGAUCAGCAGCAGCACCCAAGCUCGGAGUCGCCGCGUACUCCAGAUCUCAUCAGCAUCUGAUUGAUCAUCCAAGUUCCAGGGCAUCACCGUUGGUCGCGAAAGUAUGCGAGCUUCUUCUUCGAUCGUGCAAACUUAGGUCUGAAUGUAGGGGGUGUUAUGUUAAGAGACUUCCUUGUGCUGUACAUAGUCAAGCUUGAUUGGCUUGGUGGUGGGUGUCCGGUUUCCCGUUUGAUUGUUUUUCGGUUUGCUGCUUUAAUGUAGGAUUCUGUAGCCAGUUCAGGUACUCUAGUGCUUUUGAUCCUCCUUCCUUGUGCAAUGUAGUAGCCAUUUUAAGUGUCAA